AUGCUAAUCAUGGAGCCCAGGUUCGUUUGCACCUUUAUUAAGAACCUCCUCGCUCCUGUUCUCAUCAAGUCGUACCAAACACCCGAUGCUGUGGACGCUCAAGCGCUUGCCGGAUGUGCCAUCUGGCAAGCUGCUCGAGCGACCUCGGCUGCGGCAACUUUCUUCGACACAAUCAGAAUCGGAAAUCAGACAUUUGUUGACGGAGCCUUCGGCUGCAACAAUCCCAUUUAUGAAGUUUUUGAUGAGGCUAAGUCGAUCUGGCCUGACGCUAUUACAAAUGCGCGCGUACAAUGCAUAGUCAGCAUUGGUACUGGUCUGCUAGACCUAAAGAACUUUGGGGAUAAUGCUGUCCAGUUGGUGGAAACCCUGCAACAUAUUUCUACCGAGACAGAGAAAACGCAUAAAAGAUUCCUUGAGCACCAUGAGCAUCUUGGCGUAGGCAGCAGGUAUUUUCGAUUCAACGUUACCCAAGGCAUGUCAGACAUUAAACUUGGCGAGUCUGAGCGUCUAGACGUUAUCGAAGCAGCAGCAGAGCUCUAUCUAAACGAGCGUCUGGUCAAAGACUCGGUGAAAAUGUUUGUAUCGAGCAGGGCACCCAUGAACCCUGGGGCCGGAAAGACGAUUCUAAGUACAUCUGCAGUUGAUCUUCUUCAGAAAGACUCUGAGGUUACCGUACUAUACUAUUAUUUCUCUUUCGCGGAUAGAGAAAAUCAAAGCGUCGAGAAGUUUAAAAAAGCUCUACUAGCUCAGCUGGUGCAAUCUCUCAUCCAUGAGAAUAAGGAUAAAGGGGGAUUCUGGCACAUUCCGGUCGCCUUCCAGCGUCUGUAUAGCAACUAUCAACGACCUGAGGACCUUCCAAUAGAACGCGUCGAGGAGACAUUCUGGGAGCUACUUAAGGAGUCACCCCAAACUUACAUCGUGGUUGAUGCAUUAGAUGAGUGUUCUUGCCCAGACAACUGCGCAUCGGUUCUAAACUACCUGGACGAAUUUCGGAAGUAUCCGCAUGGCAACAAUUGUACAAUGAUAACUAGUAGGUGGCUAGAUAUGAUCGAACGGGAAAUGCAGCAUGAAACCAGGAUCAUGAUGGAAUCUGAAAAAGUUAACCGAGACAUCAAGAGCUACCUCGACCUUGAGCUAAGUUCGCGGACCUAUAAUUGGUGGACAGACGAUUUGAAAGCUCGAGUGACACAAAAGCUUAUUGAGAAAGCCGGUGGUGUCUUUCGUUGGGUUGCACUCCAAAUUAUCAACCUCCAGUCAUGCGGACGACCGGUCGAAGUAAAUAAGGCCCUUGAAGAACUGCCUGAGGGGCUUGAAGAGACAUAUAAGGUCAUGCUGACUAGGAUCCACCGUCGUCACCACCAGCCAGUAAUAUCCAUCAUCAAGUGGCUUGCCUAUUCCAAGCGGCCACUCCUUUUCAGUGAGGUCGCUGAACUUGCCGUAUUUCGGAACGAGCAAGACGCGGAGUGUGAAUCUAUUUCAUUCGAUCCGCGUGAGAGAUUUCCCAACAUCCGCAACAUUCGAUCUAUUUUGGCCGGCUUGGUUAUGGUUUCCAACGUCGACGACGAUUCUGAGAUUCUUGAAGAUAACGAUGGCAGAGUUUCCUUUUCUCAUUUUACCGUUCAAGAAUACCUGGAAGGACCACAUACCUUACCGCCUGAAUUUCACCUAGACAAGCUCGAUGCCCAUCGAUUUAUCUUAAGUUCGUCCUUAUCCUAUAUUCAUUACUAUGAACGUGUUAGUGCUCAAGUUUUUGACCUGGAAGUCAAUAAGUUGGCGGGGCACAACUUGGGCCUAGACUUCCGUUCGAAUAUUAAGUCGGGCAAUCAAUCAAAUUUGAGCGAUCACGAAGACUAUGCACGUUACAAGCCAUUUCCGCUUUUGUUAUAUGCGGCCAAAUAUUGGUGGAGACACUGUCUCGCGUGUUGCCCAACUGAUGAGGAGCUAGGUAAAACGAAGUAUGGACUUGACAGUAUAGGACCGGUACUUCAGCUUUCUAUCGAGACAGGUCUAAAUGGGAGAGGAUCUGAUCGCGUGGACCAUCCUUCACAAUUAGAAUCUCUGUUAACCUCCUCCGUCUCGUCCUUUGAGAAACAUAAGCAACGUCGCGAUUUCAAAUUCGACUGGGAUACUCCGCAUCCUUUGCAUGAAGGAGUCAAAACCAAUGACUGGAAGAUCGUCCAGAUCCUCCUCGAUGUGGGAGUUGCUAUAGACGCGAAAAAUGAUUACAGCUUGACACCUUUAGCCUCAGCGGCGCGUCAUGGAUGCACAGAAGUCGUCACAUAUCUGGUGAAGAAAGGAGCGGAUAUUGAUAUCGAUGACAAGAACUACACUGCAUCUGAUCGGACCCGAUACAUGAGUGCAAAUGCUAUGAAUUAUUGCGCCCGAUUUGUUAGCCUUGCGAACUUUCACGUCGCCCAAGCAAGACACCCGAAUCAAGGUUGGGCUCCGUUACAUUGGGCAAUUGAAAAAGGACAUAUGGACACUACUAGAAGACUAAUAGAACUUGGGGCGGACAUUCUCAAGCGCAGUUGGUGGGGCCUCACCCCUCUUGUGUUUGCCAUCAUCAAGGAACAGGAAGAUAUCGUCAAAGCAAUGAUAAAGCGCAGUGGUCCGGCGUGUGUUGCAUGGAACUACAAUUUGAAUGGCUGGCAGACACUUCACCUUGCAGCUAUUUAUAGGAAUGCAGGCAUCAUUAAUAUGCUGCUCGAAGAAGGCGCCCAGGUAAACAUAAGAGGUUCAAAUGGAAUGUCACCCUUAGAUCUCGCUGCCAUCGGGGCGCCGGCGUACUUCUUGAAAAAUAUACAAGGCGAAUUCGAUAAAGCAAGUUAUACGAGGUACAUGGCUCAGCAUAGCGUCCACAAGGGCAGUUCUUCAGCGAUCAGAUCGCUGAUUAAUGGCGGAGCAGCUAUGAAAGGUGAAAGGCCUUCUUUGCAAUCCCCUUUGCACUGGGCUGCAUUCUUUGGUCAACUAGAGAGCGCAAAGGAGCUCUUAGAUAGUAAGGCUGAGUUGGAUACUAGGAACGUAGACGACUUGACCCCCCUAGCUAUAGCGGCCUUAGAGGGACACAGUUCCGUGGUACGAGAAUUGAUUUCUCGAGGAGCCAAUGUCAAUGCAGUCGCCAAGGAUAACAAAUCACCAUUGAUACUAGCAACGGUUAUGCGACAUCCACAUGUAUUAGGACAGCUAUUAAAAGCAGGGGCAGACACUUCAAUCAAGGGCAAUGAUGGAAAGACAGCCUUGGAUAUUGCAAGAGAUGCAGGAAGCCACGACUUGGAAAAUAUGAUUACGGAUUUCGGAGUGGGACAAGAGGGUGCGUAG